UAUGUGGACAUUUUAAAACGAGUUCAGGCGACCACAAACUCCACCAUGACAUCGAAAAGGCAACAGGGCGGGUGUAUAGAGUCAAACAAGAAGAAAAAGAAGACAAAUAAUUGCGAAGAAGCAGCAGAACUUUGCCCUGUCGUUAGAGACGAGAACGUGAGGAGGACAUUGAAGGAGGCGUGGACGCAGAAGUCCCACUAUACCCACGGUGAUCUAGAGUUGGACUGCCUUCCUUUCCCUCAUUGUAUCAUUAAAAACUUCAUUCACAGUGAGCAUUUUUUGGUGAACCUGCAGAGAGAACUGUUCACACUCAACUUUCACACCAAAUCCAACGAUCUAUACAAAUUUAAACAGUCUGAUGACUUGAGUAAGAGAACGGAGCCACACAUCGCAGGGCUAAGGUCAGCACUGUUUGGACAAUUCCGGCUAUGGCUUGAGGAAGUUUUGGGGGUCAAAUUGGAGCCCACUGUGGAUAUUUCUUGUGCCAAAUAUGAAUACACAGAUGUUCUUUUGUGUCACGAUGAUGAACUGGAGGGGAGGCGUCUUGCUUUCAUUCUCUACCUCGUGCCUCCAUGGCAUAGCAGCGAUGGGGGAUCCCUCGACCUUUACACAACAGAUUGUCAUUACCAACCACAGAGUGUUUUCAAGUCACUUGUGCCUUCUUGGAACACCCUCAUACUUUUUGAAGUGUCUCCAGUCUCCUUUCAUCAAGUGUCUGAGGUUUUGUCGGAGGACAAAUGUCGCCUAUCGCUAAGCGGCUGGUUUCAUGGAACAUCACUGGAACGUCCCCCUCGCCACAUAGAACCUCCCAUCACACGGAAUCCACACAUACCAAAAGACGAGACGCUGCUGCUAGAGUGGAUCAAUCCACUGUACUUGGAUAUUUCCCACCAGGAGCACAUCCAAGGAGAGUUUGAAGACAAUUCAGAAAUCCAGCUUAAAGCUUUUCUCAGGGAGGAGAAAUUCAGCCAGGUGAGUGAAGCCCUACAGCUCGCGCAAAUUCAGUGGAUGAGGAAAGGUCCUGCCAAUAAGAGAUGCUAUGAAGCAGCCUGUGUGGACACCCUGCCUCAGUGUGUGAGUGCUUGUUGGGAGCUGCUUCGCUCAGAAGCCUUCUUCCUGCUCCUCUCCAACUUUACUGGCCUUCGGUUGCAUUACCUGUGCCCUGCUGAUGAUGAUGACGAUGACGACGAUGAUGACAGUUACGGUGAAAAUAAAAAUGAAGAGAAAAAGGAUGAAGAAGCCACUGGCUCCUCAAACGAAACAGCAGUUCAAAGCAAAGAGCCGAGUACACCCCAGUGUUGUGGUGAGCUGCGACGAUGGUCCCACGGCAGCUACACUUUACUGCACGAUGGCGAGGCAGCACGAGCAGAAUAUGCACUCGACCUCAUUUUGCCUUUCAGCUGUGCAGGUUGGCAGUCGGAGUGUGGAGGCUUUACUUGUUAUGUUGCAAAUGAAGAGGAUGAGGAGCUGCUGACGGUCAAUCCAGAAGAUAAUUCCCUCGCACUGGUCUACAGAGACAAGGAAACCCUCAAAUUUGUCAAAUAUGUCAACCACAAAAGCAACAAUGAUUCUUCUAGCAAAGUAUUCCAUGACUUCUCGUUUGUGUAUUAUGAAUAAAC